AUGAAGUUGAUUUUUACUUUUUUGGCAGUUGCCCUGCUUGGCUGUCUGGCUGAUGCUCAAAAUGUAAAGGGGCACCCGCAUUGGCCAACGUGGCCUCAGGAUCCUCAGGAGCCCCCACCGUGGCCUCAGAUUCCUCAGGGGCCUCCGGAGCCCCCACCGUGGCCACAGUGGACUCAGAUUCCUCAGGGGCCUCCGGUGCCCGCACCGUGGCCACAGUGGACUCAGAUUCCUCAGGGGCCUCCGGUGCCCGCACGGUGGCCACUGUGGCCUCAGGAUCCUAAGCAUCAACACUUGCAUUCAGAUCAGCAGCCUAAACAGCCAACGAGGCCUCAGCUGCCCCAGCAGCCAACAACUCCCCCUAAAUGGAACCCACCUCAGCAGCCAACAACUCCCCCUAAAUGGAACCCACCUCAGCAGCCAACAACUCCCCCUAAAUGGAACCCACCUCAGCACCCUAAACAGCAUGAUCAACAUCCUAAACAGCCACAGUGGCUUCAGCAGCCAACAACUCCCCCUAAAUGGAACCCACCUCAGCAGCCUCAGCAGCCUCAGCAUCCUCAGCAGCCUCAGCAUCCUAAACAGCAUGAUCAACAUCCUAAACAGCCACAGUGGCUUCAGCAGCCAACAACUCCCCCUAAAUGGAACCCACCUCAGCAGCCAACAACUCCCCCUUAUUGGAACCCACCCCAGCAGCCUCAGCAUCCUAAACAGCAUGAUCAACAUCCUAAACAGCCACAGUGGCUUCAGCAGCCAACAACUCCCCCUAAAUGGAACCCACCUCAGCAGCCUCAGCAGCCUCAGCAGCCUCAGCAAUAUGAACAGCAAUAUGAUCAGCAGACUAAACAGCCACAGAGGCCUCAGCUGCCCCAGCAAACCUGUGAAGUUGCUGACAAUCAAAAGAUACAUUGUGGAGCUCCUGGAAUCUCUACUGAACAUUGUGAAGCUAUAAACUGCUGCUAUGGUGGAAACAUGUGCUAUUAUGGAAAAUCUGUGACCCUUCAGUGCACCAAGGAUGGUCAAUUCAUCGUGGUGGUGGCCAAAGACGCCACCCUACCUAACCUCGAUUUAGAGACAGUUUUCUUCCUUGGAGGUGGCGAAACCUGCAAUCCUGUUGGCACUACUUCAGCCUUUGCCAUCUACCAGUUCCCUGUCACUGCCUGUGGUACUGUCAUGAUGGAAGAGCCUGGCGUUAUAAUCUAUGAGAACCGGAUGUCCUCCUCUUAUGAAGUCGCUAUUGGACCCAACGGAGCCAUCACCAGGGACAGUCAAUACGAGCUGCUUUUCCAGUGUAGAUACAGUGGCACCUCAAUUGAGGCUCUAGUUAUCGAGGUUGGCCUGCUUCCUCCACCACACCCAGUGGCAGCUCCAGGACCCCUGCGCGUGGAGCUAGUGCUGGCCAAUGGAGAGUGUUCAGUCAAGGGAUGUGUGGAAGAGGAGGUGGCCUACAACUCCUUUUACGUUGACUCUGACUACCCCGUCACAAAGGUUCUCAGAGACCCUGUGUAUGCGGAAGUCCAUAUACUGGAGAGGACUGAUCCCAACAUUAUAUUGACUCUUGGAAAAUGCUGGGCAACUUCUGCUCCCUACCCUCAAAGUCUCCCUCAAUGGGACUUGCUGAUUGAUGGCUGCCCAUACCGUGAUGACCGCUAUCUGACCGCUCUGGUCCCUGUGGACGCUUCAUCAGGACUCAUGUACCCAACCCACCACAGGCGUUUUGUUUUCAAGAUGUUCACGUUUGUAUCCGGUGGAGGUGUAAAGCAACAGGCUUUGAUUCCUCUCAACGAAAAGGUGUAUAUCCACUGUGAAGCAGCCGUGUGUCAACCGUCUGUCGGAGACAAUUGUGAACCUAGGUGCUUCAGAAACAGGAGAGACGUUUCUGUCCAGAAAGGCUCCAGAGAAGAGACCACUGUGGUUAGCAGUAAGGAGCUGGUCUUCAUUCAGUAACAACAUUACAUUAUCAUGAAAUCUCUUUUUCUGAUGUUUUGUGAAAAGUGAUUGAGUUUCAAAUAAA